AUGGCUGUGCUUCUGAAGAGGUUGCUGCGGCCCGUGACUUCCCCGGCGAUCUUGGGCCGCCCCGUGGGACUGCGUGAGGCCAGCCUGGGUAUUGAUCCCGGGGCCCCGGUGCGAGUGCGCUUCGCCCCAAGCCCCACAGGCUUCUUGCACUUGGGUGGCCUCCGCACUGCCUUGUACAACUACAUCUUUGCCAAGAAACACCGAGGGAGCUUUAUCUUGAGGCUGGAGGACACGGAUCGGACGCGCCUUGUGCCUGGGGCAGCAGAGAAUAUCGAGGACAUGCUGGAGUGGGCAGGCAUUCCUCCGGAUGAGAGCCCUCGGCGGGGAGGCCCGGCCGGGCCCUAUCAGCAGUCUCAGCGACUGGAGCUGUAUGCCCAGGCCACAGAGGCUCUGCUGAAGACUGGAGCUGCUUACCCCUGUUUUUGCUCCCCUCAACGGCUGGAGCUCCUGAAGAAGGAGGCCUUGAGGAACAACCAGACACCUCGGUAUGACAAUCGGUGUCGGAACCUCAGCCAGGAGCAGGUGGCCUGCAAGCUGGCUGAGACCCCCAAGCCUGCCAUCCGAUUCCGCCUGCAGGAGGAGGCACCUGCCUUUCAGGACUUGGUGUACGGCUGGAGCCGGCACGAAGUGGCCAGCGUGGAGGGUGACCCAGUCAUCCUGAAGAGCGAUGGCUUCCCCACGUACCACCUGGCCUGCGUGGUGGACGACCACCACAUGGGUGUCAGCCACGUACUGCGGGGCUCCGAGUGGCUCGUGUCUACCUCCAAGCACCUGCUCCUCUAUCAGGCCCUGGGCUGGCAGCCGCCGCACUACGCUCACCUGCCCCUGCUCCUCAACAGGGAUGGCAGCAAACUGUCCAAGCGCCAGGGGGACAUCUUCCUGGGGCACUUCGCCACUGCCGGCUUCCUGCCAGCAGCCCUGCUCGACAUCAUCACCCACUGCGGCUCAGGAUUUUCAGAAAACCAGAUGGGCAGGACCUUGCCAGAGCUGAUAACACAGUUCGACUUGACCCGAAUCACUUCCCAUUCAGCACUCCUGGACCUGGAGAAACUUCCAGAAUUCAACAGGCUGCACCUUCGGCGGCUGGUGAGCAAUGAGGCACAGAGGAACCAGCUUGUGGGGAAGCUGCAGGCCCUCGUGGAAGAGGUGUUUGGGAGUCAGCUGCAGGACAGGACUGUCCUUGACCAGGCGUACAUGGAGAGGAUCAUCCUGCUGAGACAGGGUCACAUCUGCCGCCUGCAGGAUUUGGUCUCCCCUGUGUACUCCUACCUGUGGACUCGACCUGCUGUGAGCCGAGCACAGCUGGAUACCAUCUCAGAGAAGGCGGAUGAGAUUGCCAAGCGGGUGCUCGGGCUUUUCGAAACACCUGGUGUGAGCUUGACCCAGGAUGUUCUGAACGGGGAACUGAAGAAGCUGUCAGAAGGCCUGCAAGGCACCAAAUACAGUGAUGUGAUGAAAGUCCUUCGAACGGCCCUCAGUGGACAGCUGCAGGGACCCCCUGUGGCUGAGAUGAUGGUAUCCUUGGGACCAAAGGAAGUGCAGGAACGAAUACAGAAACACGGGCGCGCCGGGCCUGCUCGGAGGCCGAGCCGGUCACGUGCAGCGCGCGCCUGCCGCGUCGGCAUCCAGGAGCUCGCCGGGCGGCUGCGGCGCGACAGCUGA